CUAAAAUGAAUAGAGCCUCUGCUUACAGGGAUAUGGAGCUAUAUAUAUGAGCAAGGCCGCUCCUGUUGCAGAUAUGCAUAGCCAUGCUCUGAUCACAUCAUUUAAUUAAUCAGCUCUCGUCUACUUGGUCCCCGUCUCUUUGUGGGGUUUGCUGCUUUGGCGUUUGCACUUCUUCAAUAUUAAUUGUUCUUGAUGUAGCCUUAUGGUUUGUUUCUCUUCUUCUUCUUCUUCUUCUCCUUCUUCUUCUUCUUCAUCUUCCUAGCAAACCUAAUUGAGGGCCUGUCUGUUUAUACUUCUGAUUUCAUGUAGUAUAUCUUUGAUUUCACGUUAUUUCAUUCCAAAACUAGACAGUCAUGCUAUAAAAGCGUCUCAAAUAAGAAGAACAAAGGGCAAAGUUUUAUUUUUCUUUUUCUUUUAAUUUUCUCAAUUUCUUGUUUCUUUCCUCAUAAACUUUGCAAAUAUUUAAGAUGAAUGAUGUGAAGCUGAAGGUGAUUAAAAAGAAUGUGUUCCUCAACAUAUGGCUCCUUUGCCGAUCGAAGCCUUCAAGCAAGCGGUAUCUUCAUGUUGCCCCAAAGGGCUGCUUCUCAGUCUAUGUAGGCAAAGAGAAGCAACGGUUUGUGGUAAAAACCGAGCAUGCCAAUCAUCCACUCUUCAGGAUGCUGCUCGAGGACGCAGCAACCGAAUACGGGCACGGCUGCGAGGGCCCGCUCUUUCUGCCAUGUGAAGUGCAUCUCUUCUACAAGGUGUUAGCAGAGAUUGACAGCCAAGAGAUUAUGGUUCCCAGCUGUGGCUUUGUGUAUGGAAAGUUCCGUCCUUUCAGCCCAUCUCGCCGGCAGGGUGGCGGCGACAUGGCUGAGGGAAAUUAUGGUUCUUACGACGUUCUAGUUCCAUCGCCACUGUUGAAGAUGAAUCACUUCUAAAUGUGAAUAGGAUCGAAUGGGCAAGUUUGCACGUUGCCAUACAAAAAAACUGUGCGUGUACAAAGAGAAUAAGAUAUAUAUCCAGUUCAUAAUUAA